AUGGCAAACGGCUUUUUGUCCAAAGAGAAGUUCUUCGUCUGCUUGCCGUUUGACCAAGGAGGCACUGGCGAAUCGCAAGGAACCCUCAAAAAAUUUGAUAAGAUCUCAGAGUCGGACUUUAGUUGGACCAUUGGAUUAUGCAGUAGCGGUCUGUUUGGCACCUGCUUUUGGCGAGUCGAAAUUCAAAUUCUGCGCAAUCUCAAUGUGCUUGUUCUCAAUGCAUCAAGGGAUGUUUCUCGUCCGGAUGAGAUAGCGAAGCGUUUGAAACGUGUUCGUAAAGUGUACAGGCUGCCGCAACAUUAUGACAUAUCGACCCUGGUAACGUCAUCCUACGACUGGGCAAUAACAAUUGAGGUAAGUCGUCGAGUGGACAAACGAGGAGCUGGGAACCGUGCUCGAAGACCGCUACACCGAUGUGAAACCGUGUGA